CAACAAGCGCUGGGACUUUUAUUUUGGAGAACCCCAAAUGCGGGACUCUUACUUUGACUCUCGCAUAUCUUCUUGUUGCUGACUCUCCACGCCGAGCUGCUGCACCGGGAAAAUGUCUCGAGUUUACGUGGGAAAAUUGAGCUAUCGCGCCAGAGAGAAAGAUGUCGAAAGGUUUUUUAAAGGCUAUGGGAAGAUACUGGAAGUAGACCUGAAAAACGGGUAUAGUCACUAUCGUUUCAUGGAUUCACAGGACUACAUGCGUCAGGCUGGUGAGGUGACUUACGCAGACACUAACAAGGGCCGCAAGAACGAGGGGGUCAUUGAGUUCAGGCAGUACUCCGACAUGAAAAGAGCCCUGGAGAAACUGGACGGCACCGAGGUCAACGGAAGGAAGAUUCGGCUCAUCGAGGACCGGCCUGGUGCCAGACGCCGCCGCUCCUACUCUCGCAGCGCCUCCAGGUCACGCUCCAGGAGCAGGAGGUCUCGCAGGAGCCGAAGCCACAGCCGAACCAGUAGCCGCUCAAGAGCCUCAGGCUCACGAUCACGCAGCAGGUCAACCAGCAAGAAGGCAAAGGGCAGGAGCAGUAGGAUGGAGGAGAGCAGUAAUGGAGCUCGCAGGGGAGGUGAAAGCGCUAGGGAUAAUAGCACGAGCUUAAGCCCCCCGAGCAAAAAGAGCAAACGGGAGAACAAGAGGGCUCGCUCCUCUUCUCGAUCCAGGUCCCGUUCCAGAUCUCGAUCCAAAUCGGAGAACGACAAGGAUUUCUCCCGAGAGUCUGGGUCCAAAUCUCAGGAGGCAAACAAGAGCAGCGAUGAAGGCCGGGCGACUGAAAGGCCGCACCGCUCUAAAGCUCAUUCUCGAUCCAGAUCACAAACGCCACCAGAUGCUGAUCUGCGGAGGGAAUCCAGAUCCAGAUCCAAAUCUCGCUCUCAUUCACGCUCGCGGUCUUAUUCCCGAUCUCGAUCCCGCUCAAGGUCACGUUCUUAAAUUUAAAAACAAAUAUACAAAAUUUCCGAUUGGCAUUUUUUUUCUUGUUUUCCAGUCUAACUAAACAUCUUUAAAACAAGAAUAUAUCUUGAUUUUUAUUUUUUUUACCCCAUUGACAAUUUUUGUCACUAAACGGUUAGAUUUGUGCUAUAAAAAAGACAAUUUGUGGUUGAGGUAAGAAAAUAAUCUGAAUUCAAGAUAUUAUCUGAAAACAAAUCUGAAUAUGUUACUUUUUUGUGAAAAGCAAAACGGUGCAUCUUGUUUUUAAAUAUUUUUCUUGAAAAUGACAAAAAUAGACUGACAUUUGUCUAAAUGUGUCUAAAUGUUGUUCUACCCUACGUUUCUCUUCUUUGAAGCAAACUGCAUUUUUUUUUUUUCUUUUUUCCUUUUUUGUCAAAUAGGUAGUAUUAGGGAAAUUGCUUGCGUAUUCACAUUUCAGUAUUUACUGGUAUUGUUAACCUUAUGCAUCAUUUUUAGUUGUUUUUAUUUUAAAAUUGCUUGCAAUAUAUUUUAUUCAUAAAAUUAAACCAACAGUAGAUGUCCUUGCCUUCGCAUUGUGUAUUUAGAAAUGUACCAUAGUUGUUGUUAAGCUGGGGCAGAGUUUAUGGUCUUUUUACAACAACGUUCUCCAUACAAAAAUAAUAAAAAACCACUGCCUCACAA